AGGCAUGCAAUGUCGCGUUGACAGUAAACUAUUUGAAAUGGGGGCAUGUUUCUCUCGGGGUGAAGUUAUACAUUUUGGGGGGAAGUGUUCCUGUUCAUGUUGUUUUCAUCACUUGAAAAUGAACAAGGCAGAACAAUUGGUACCAACGUGCUAGAGGUAAAUAAUUAUAAGUGUCUCACAUGUACAGACAUGUGUAACGCCUAGACCUUGUAUCAUUAAUCCAUGAUGCGAGGUAUAUGUUUGAAACCAUGAAAUUGCUACGGCUUGAGAGGCCUUCAUCCAGCAGUGGAUAGCUCUUGGAUGAUGAUUAUUAUUAUUAGGAUUGUAAAAUGUAUUUUAAAAGCUCCACAAGCAAACACAUACAUUUUAAAGUAAUGUAUACCCUGUGACAUUACAUUGCAGAGUGAAUGAUCAUGGGAUUUCAAAAUUACCUGAGAUUAGGUUUUGCAAGUUUCUGAAUGUCGUCUGUAUAUUUAUAAUUGCCGCUUGUGUUUAAACUCAAUGGCUGUGCUUGCGACGAUGCAUAUUUUGUCAGAUUAUGAAUUGUUUUGUAAUAACGCACAUUUACCAUAAAGCAACUGCCCGAUGUCAAAAGUAAUAAUGUGCAACGAUUUGCAAAUGUGGCGUGUUGACGACAAACAUACCCCUGUAAAAAUCCCGUGGAAAUGAGUUUGGGAUGAAACAACGGCAAACAAAAAAGAAUGAAACGUUAUUCUGUUCAUGUGCCGGGCAAAGGAAUUUCACUUUGACCAAGUCUACUCGUAACAAAUGAGGGACUUUAAUAAGACACGUUAAAAAUGAAUUACAUUUGCGAUCCAUCAUUCAUGCCUGUGGACCAAGGGAGGGAGGCGCCAGAGGGGGUGAUAUAUCUAUGUACGGUUUUAUAAGGACUAAGAUCGAUUGUUGACUUUCGUGCACAAAAAUAGAAUGAAUGUGAAAGCAUGUUAAUGAAAUAUUGAAUCUCUCAAGUGAUCGACCACAACAUCCAGCCAAGAAAAUUCUUCUGCGUGUUGAUUUUGACCGUAGAUUGUAUGGCUAUGGCUGAUGCUGCCGAGUGGCCUGGCCACUCUCUUGACCACACAACUGUUUAACAGCACGUGGCACUUAGAUUAUGAAGAUGAUGAUAAAGGUAUCAAUAUUUAACACUUUAUCUCAGCAACUUCAUCCCAAUUAAUUAUAACUGAAGCUCAAGCACAAUUUAAGGUUUACAUUUUAAUAAAAUGAAUUUCCCUCACUUAUGCGGUAAUAAAAAAUGCAACUGACUGAAAAUGCGGCGGAAUGUGUAUACUUAGGGCAAUUAUUGAACUUAUUUGAGGAUCAAAAUAAUGAUAUUGAGAGGUGACUUAGAACAGGAUGGAGUGGUUUGGGAAACAAUUAAUUUGAGAGUAAAAUAAACAUAUCAAUGUGCUUUAAGAAGGCGAAUAUGGCCAAUGAAAAAACAAACAGAAAGCUGAAACGUGUACAGAUAAGUGUGGAGAGACGCAUACUUGAAAGUACAAUGAGAGACAGAAAGAUGAACACUUGGAUCAGAGAACGAAAACACGUCAGAGCCUCAGGAAACUUAGCGGGCUGCGGCAGCCAACAUUAAUAGAUCGGUUGACAUCCAACAGAGGAGACUCACGGUGAUGGAAUGACAGCCAAGGACUGUGGAAUUGCAAGACCGUGAGGCUUUCUGAUGGCGUGGGGUGGCCCAGCAUCGAGCUGUGGAUAAAGAAUGGCCAAAACGUCAUCCAUUGUCCCGAUCUCUAUACUAUUAAUGAGUGCCCCGUUACACAAAAUGUCACCUAUUUCAUGUACUUAUUUACAUUUUUAGGACAGUGUUUACUAACUCUCGUAUUAAAGUUGCGUGUGUUUUGUGCUUCCGUACCACUGCCAAUGCGGUACCAGCAAUCAAUGGCACACGUAUCCAAUAUAAUUGAACAACAUUGGCACGGCACAAGUUGAGGAGCUGCUGCUGCCGCCGCUGCUGGUGUGACUCUUAGCACUCGUAUCGGGCACUCGGGAGGAACAAGAUUGUAUUUGACUGCUCGGGGCUAGGGGAGGGGACAGAUGACGCGGAGGAGAAAGCCGGCCAGGCAAAGCGGGCCCCGCAUAUCAUUUAACGCAAGUGACACGAGGAUCACUGUGCUGUCAAACGACACAGGAGGAGGGUGGAGGAGAGAGGCAGGCAGACAGACGUAAAGAUGAAAUCUAAGGUAUAGACAAGCAGAUAUAACAAGCCAGCCGUAGUGAUAAACCAGAGAGAGACAGAUAUCGAAAGACACCGGGAGAAGGCAACUGUGGGUGGAAUGUGUGAAUGCAGGAGAAAGUUUUGAGCCUCCUCAAGUGCAACACAACAGCAGGCACACCGCACCUCCGACUUAGCACGAUUGGCUAUGCACGGUGCGAACAGAAGUUCAACAUAAAUACAUGCACCACCACAGUAGCACAUUCGUCUCAGAGGUUCGCACACGCGCGCGCGCGCGCGCACGUGCACACAGCGAGAAACACAUGCCGAGUCCGCAGUAGGGGUGGCGCUUGCGAGUUGCGAGCGUUCGCGCACAACUCACGGGCACGAGGGAGGGCAAAGCAAAAGAAAGCAGCCCCACAGAGGGCGAGGAGGUGGAAGAGCGGAGCGGCGAGCGCGAGGCAAGCGAGCUUCACUUGCUCAGAGCGCCCGGCGAUGAGGGCCACCGGCGCAUUCGCGGCGCUGCUGUGCGUGGCCGUGUCAGCGGCGCGCGCCACCUCCUACCCAGGGAGGCCCCUGCGCUACCAGCAGAGGGUCAACUGCUUCCCGUGCGUCCCCAUGCGGAGCCCGCACAGAGGCAGGAGCGAGAAUGUCACUGACGUCGACGAGUGCCUGGAGCACAACGGCGGGUGCCAGCACGUGUGCGUCAACACGCCGGGGAGCUACCACUGCGAAUGCCGCCCGGGCACCAAGGUGCACAGCGAUGGCCGCACCUGCGUUUCGGUGAACUCGUGUGCGGUGAACAAGGGCGGCUGCGAGCACGACUGCGUGCAGCUGGGAGGGGGACAAUACCAGUGCAGGUGCCGCCACAACUUCCGCCUCAAAGAAGAUGGGAAGCAGUGCGAACUGAGGAAUCCCUGUGGCGACCGGAACGGAGGUUGCAUGCAGAAGUGCGUCAGCGACGGUGGCGUGGCCAAGUGUCUGUGUCACCCUGGAUACCGGUUGGGUGUUGAUGAAAAGAGUUGUGAUGACAUUGACGAGUGCGAUCUGGAGACCAGCAUGUGCGUGCAUAGCUGCCGCAACACGAGGGGCUCCUUCGUCUGCCAGUGCAACCCCGGCUACGAGUUGGGCUCCGAUGGAAAGCAAUGCUACCGCAUCGAGAUGGAGAUCGUGAACAGCUGCGAGAAAGACAACGGCGGCUGCACGCACACGUGCCAGCACGCGACGCAGGGGCCACGCUGCCUCUGUGACAGCGGCUUUCACCUGGACGUGGACGGCAAGACGUGUAGAGACACCGACGAGUGCUCCGAGGAAGGUUCCUGCUGCGCGCAGUUCUGCAGCAACAACGCCGGAGGCUACGAGUGCGGCUGCCGUGCCGGCUACCGCAUCGGCCUCGACGGAUGCAAUUGUGACGAUGUGGACGAGUGCCUGGCGGAAAACGGGGGCUGUGAACAGCUGUGCCGGAACAAUGAGGGCUCUUACGAGUGCUCUUGCCGCAGGGGCUUCCGCCUGGAUGAGGAGAGGAGGGGAUGCAUCCCUCUGGAGGGGGCCACGGAAGACCAGGGCACGGAGGAGCUGCGUGGGCAGACGCGGCUGAGCAGCACCGUGCGCCUGCGCCCUGUCGAGCAGACCUACCAGUGGGUGCCGCGCGAGGAGGCCGAGUGGGGGGCCUUCGGGGACGCAGAGGCCAGCGAGUACCGCGAGGGGGACAGCGACGAGGAGGAGGAGGGUGACGAUUUCCUCGAUUAUGGACCCCAGGAGCACCGACGUCAGGAGCACACACUCGUCCAGAAAUUCAUUUGCCUGGGCGAGACGUUCGGCCACGACUGCAGCCUCUCGUGCUCCGACUGCCGCAACGGCGGCGGCUGCAGCGAGGGACAGGACGGAUGCGACUGCCUCGCGGGAUGGACGGGCCUCGUGUGCAACGAAACUUGUCCCGAGGGCAAGUUUGGUAGCAACUGUCAGAGUGAGUGCAGGUGUCAGAAUGGAGGCUCGUGUGACCCCGUCAGCGGGAAGUGUCGCUGCCCUCCCGGAGUGUCUGGCGAGCUCUGUGAAGACGGAUGUCCCAAGGGCUUCUUUGGAAAGGCGUGCAACAAGAAGUGCAACUGCGCCAACAACGGACGCUGCCACCGCAUCUACGGAGCCUGUCUGUGCGACCCGGGGCUGUACGGCCGCUUCUGCCACUUGCCGUGUCCUAAGUGGGCGUACGGCCCGAGCUGCUCAUCCGAGUGCCAGUGCGCCAAGGCCAGCACGCAGGAGUGCAACCCCAAGGACGGCACCUGCCGCUGCCACGCUGGCUACCAGGGCAGCCAGUGCCAGGAAGUGUGUGCCGACGGCUUCUACGGCACGGGCUGUCGACUCCCGUGCACGUGCGCCGACGGCGUGGCCUGCGAUCACGUCAGCGGGGAGUGCAAACUGCAGUGCCAGCCCGGAUUUCAUGGCACCGAUUGCCAACUGAAGUGCCCUGCUGGGAGAUUUGGAGGCGGGUGCCAGGCGUCGUGUUCGUGUGGUGGGGCGCCCUGCGAUCACGCCACUGGCCGGUGCUUCUGUCCACCUGGCAAGACCGGCGACUACUGUGAGAAAGAGUGUCCGGAGGGACGCUGGGGUUUGGGCUGCCAGGGCAACUGCAGCUCGUGCGAGAGUGGAGGGGCGUGCAACAGGUCGACGGGAGAGUGUGACUGCAAGGCGGGAUUCAUGGGCAAAGCCUGCCAGAGCAGCUGCCCUGCCGGGCGCUUUGGUCAGGGCUGCGCGCUGCGGUGCGCGUGCGAGAAUGACGCUCAGUGCGACCCCGCCACCGGGCAGUGCUCCUGCGGCCCGGGUUGGUUCGGACACAACUGCAAGAAACCGUGCCACGCUGGGCGCUGGGGACGAAACUGCGAGCGGCUGUGCGAGUGUAACAGCGUGGUGGGCAGCUGCGAGCCGGUGACGGGGAAGUGCGUGUGUGAGGCUGGGUUCACUGGACCUCGCUGUGAACAGAAGUGCACCGCCGGAACGUUCGGGCCAAGCUGCAGGAGUCGGUGCCAGUGCGAGCACGGCGCGGCGUGUGACCACGUGAGCGGCGCGUGCACCUGCGCCGCCGGCUGGACCGGGACCUACUGCGAACGCCCCUGUCCCGACGGCUUCUUUGGGAUGGAGUGCAAGGAGCCAUGCGGCUGCCGAAACGGCGCUCACUGUAACCACAUCACGGGCCUGUGCAGUUGUGCUCCAGGCUGGGUGGGCCCCAAGUGCAGUCAGCCUUGCCAAGGGCAGACGCACGGCGAGAACUGCAGCCAGGCGUGCGACUGUCACAACGGCGCGACGUGCGAGCACGUGACGGGCCUGUGCCUCUGCACCCCGGGGUGGACGGGGGCGUCGUGCCAACGCAAGUGUGAUGCCGGAUUCUACGGAGCUGGCUGUGCACAGCAUUGUAUCUGCCGGAACGGCGCCACCUGCAGCCACGUGACGGGAGACUGCUCCUGUCCCGACGGGUGGACGGGCGUCGCCUGUGAAACUGAGUGCACAGGUGGAAAGUUUGGUGCUGGCUGUCAGCAAUCCUGCAGCUGUCAGAAUGGAGGCACGUGCGAGGCUAGGACAGGGAGGUGCACGUGCAAGGCAGGCUGGACUGGAGACACGUGCGAGUCAACGUGCCCGGCCGGGUUUUUUGGCGGGCGGUGCGGGGAGAGGUGCGAGUGCACGCACGGCGACUCGUGCCACCACGCGACGGGCGCCUGCCACUGUCACGCCGGGUGGCGCGGCCGCCACUGCGACAAGCCCUGCCUGCCGGGCCAUUACGGCGAGGGCUGCACCCGGAGGUGCUCGUGCGCGUCCGGCGUGCCCUGCGAUCACGUGACGGGGAACUGUGGCUGCCCCCCGGGAUUCACCGGCAAUGGAUGUGACCAGACUUGCCCAGCUGGAACGUUCGGUCAGAACUGCAACUCCGUGUGCCAGUGCUCAGCAGACAAUCAACAAUGCCACCCCGUCACGGGGAGGUGCAACUGCCUCGCUGGCUUCCACGGACCGCACUGUGACAGCAAGUGCCCCGAGGGCAGCUACGGCUCCGACUGCGAGCGGAAGUGCAAGUGCCAGAACGGGGGACGCUGCGACACAGCUACGGGCACGUGCGAAUGCCCCGCCGGAUUCCUCGGAGCCGACUGCGGCCAGGCCUGUCCUGCAGGCCACUAUGGCAAGGAGUGUGCAUCCCUCUGCUCCUGUGGGGAGCGGGGCUCGUGUGACCCCGUGAGUGGACGGUGCCAGUGCCAGCCUGGGCGCACAGGGGCCAAGUGCCAACAAGUGUGCCCUAGAGGGAGGUUUGGGGCUGGCUGCCAGCAGAGCUGUGCAUGCCGCAACGGCGGACUGUGCGACACAGCCAACGGGACUUGCACUUGCGGUUUGGGAUGGACUGGUCUACACUGUGAGAAAGAAUGCCCCGAAGGUAAAUACGGCGCCGGCUGCCAGGUCAGCUGCCCCUGUCGGAACAACGGCACUUGCGACCGCUUCACUGGCUGCUGCAAGUGCCCGGAGGGAGUCUACGGACACGCUUGUGAAUACGAAUGCCCACCUGGAUUCUUUGGCCUGAACUGCAUGAGGCCCUGUGACUGCAGAAACGGCGCCCUGUGCCACCCGGUGACGGGGCAGUGUGUGUGCCCAGCAGGGUACCAUGGCUCCAAGUGUGACCAUGAGUGUACCGUUGGCACUUUUGGAGACAAGUGCCUGAGCAGAUGCGACUGUGUGGAUGGCUCGCAGUGCGAUCAUGUCACGGGCAAAUGUCUCUGUCCUCCGGGCAAGGCCGGUGACAAGUGUGACGUGGAUUGCCGAGUGAACCGAUACGGGCCACAUUGCUCCUUGACGUGUGAAUGUGCCAACAAGGCACUGUGCAACCCUCGCUCUGGAAGCUGCAGCUGUCUCUACGGCUGGGUGGGACCUACCUGUCAAGAAGGUGGACCACUGCAAACCCAGCUCUGAAUGAAUGUAGCAACCUGCUCUCUCCUUCACCAGGACGGUGACUGCUCGACAUGCAGCACUUGUGCCGUUGCUAAAAAAAAAGAGAAAACAUCUAAUUGAUGACUCGCAAUGUCAAGAAAUAUCACGGUGUGGCACAUCCGAGAGAGAAAAGUGGCCUAUUGUAGACUGACUGCAGUGAAUUUCUAGUUGUACUGAUACCAUGCUGUUUACUGGCCUCUUUUGUAUAACACUUGAAGUGAAAUGUUACUGGAAAUGAUCACGUUCCUUUUGUUUUUGUUUAUGUCCACUUAUGUCACUGACGGAUGCGUGUGUGAAUUGCAUGGAGGAAAGCCAUUCUGUUUGUAGCCUUACCUAGAGGUUAUUUCCGUACAACAGCAACACACACGGAGAUAUACACAAAGUCAUUCUUGUUUUCCGUGUUCAGUAUUCAAUACUUUUGGCCAAUACAUCACCAUGGUUUAAAUUCUUUUUUAUGCCGAGUCUUUAAUACCCAAACGUUAAUACUGAUCCAAAAUAUUGGUUCAACAUUUGUCUUGUUUCUCAAGGAGAAAUAAUAACAAUGAUAAUAUAUGCAUCGUUUUAUUUUAUUGUUGCAUUCAAAAGGGAGUUCGUUGAAUGUCCUAACUGACAAUAUUAAGCAAACAGUUAAAUGAACAAGUAAACGUUUUUUUGUUCAUAGAUUAUCAUCAGCCACAAGGGUAACAUGUAUUUUUUUACACUUUUAUAUCUAAUGGUGGGUAUGAUACGAGUUAUCAAUAUCGCAAUUUAUUUUAAUUCUCUUAAUGCAGCGUAGAAAAAUAGACACACACAGCUUACGUGUUUUGUUUCACGAUUGAACUUUUUAAACAUGCCGUUUUCUUCAUUGCAUUUAUUUCCUCCCAUAUGCCACCCAAUUGUGCAAUGGAAUUCAUCUUCUGUGUUAUCAUUAACGUUAAAGUCUCAUGGGAAAAAGUCUGUAUUAAAAUCGCGUGCGAUUUUUUUUUAAUUGUGCACUGAAGAAGUUCAAAUAAAAUGGAAGGAUGAAUCUGGAAUUUGUAAAGUAAUUUGUUAACAUUGGAAUAAACCCCCACUUUAAACAUUGUGCAAUUGAUUUUGAGGAACACUAUGAAAUUGUUUUGCGAUAUCCAGCCCUGCUCAUCAAUAAAUUAUGGAAUUUUUACUGCUAUUGUAUCUACGUAAAAAUAAGGAUUAUUUUUUUGGAACCAAGAUAUAACACCGACACA